GUGGCAUUCUGCAGGUACCUUUGAUGUGCAAAGCAAGACUGGAGGUCCUUUUGGGGCCAUGAGGUUCAAGGUUGAACAGGGACACGAAGCUAAUAAUGGUAUUGACAUUGCUAUUAAGCUCUUGGAACUCAUCAGGGAGCAAUUCCCUACUAGUUCUUAUGCUGACUUCCAUCAGUUGGUGGGAGUUGUUGCUGUUGAAGUUGCUGGAGGACCAGAAAUCCCUUUCCAUCCAGGAAGGCAGGAUAAGGAGGAGCUCCUAUUGAAGGUCGUUUGCCCGAUGCUACAAAGGGUAAGUCAAAUUACUGAAAAUUCAAGCGUCCUCGGCCUUAAAAAUGGCAAGUCUCGUGCCAGUCUUAAAUUACUAUUGUAGGAUAGGACCAAGGGAUGUAUUUAUUAAACAAAUGGGUCUGAACGACAAGGAUAUGGUUGCACUCUCUAGUACCCACACCCUAGUAUGUACUUGCUCAUUACGCCCAAAGUAUAAUGCGGUGAUUGUAGUAUAGUCUUGGAGUGUCGAUUCCACAGGGAGAUGGAAAAAGUUCAAAGUAUCAGAAGCUUAGGGGUUUUGAGAGUUAUGUGAAACUAAGUUAUCAAUUUGGAAUGACAUUUAAAUACCAAUAUGUGAAAUUAGUGAAGCAUUGGAAUUCCCUCAUUGGGUUGGAUCAAUCAACAUCAACAAUUCAUGUAUUAUUACUAAAUUAGAGGUUUUCAUCCCAACUCUCUAAUCAGAAGAUUUAACAGUAAAUAUCACUUUAAUUCCAAUUGUAAUUCUAAGAUUUAGACUUUCUAACACAUUCCCACAAUUGUUAUUGGAGUAAGAUCAAAAGUAAUCAUAUACUUCAAGCAUAAGAUCAUAAAUAAGCCACCAAUAACAUGAAUGAAAUUGUAACUCAAUAAAUAUUUCGAUCAAACAAUAGAAAAAACAUGAUUGAAUCUUUGAAAGAUCUAAUAAAAAUUAAACCAAUUUCAAAAUCAAUUCAUAAGAAGAAAGUCUAGAAUCUAGAAUUGCAUGACAAUAAAAUACCAAAUUACAUGAACAAUUGAUGUGAUUUCCCCAAAUCCAAUGAGUUCCUUCCAAGCUUCACCAAGGGUUUUAGUUUUUCAUGGAAUUCUUGAGCCAAACUUGAGAGAAAACUGAUAGGAGAUGAAUUAUUCUCGUUCUGGGAUGACCUAGGGCCAUAAAAUCUCGUAGGAAGGCGUGUUUCCUUAAGUGUUGGACUCAAAAUAGGAAGCUGGAAUUUUCGUCUCAGAAGUGAACUAUGCGACCGCAUAGUUAUAAGUGUUGCGGUCGCAUAGAACAAUGAUUUUCAGCCCAGAAGUUCCUUGGAGGUCACUAUGCGACCGUAUUGGUUUUGAACUAUGCGAUCGCAUAGAACAACCGUUUUCCCGUCAGACAACUUUCAAUAUUUUAGCCAUAACUUUCUGCUCCGAGGGUGAUUCAAAUUGCGUUAGAAAUCUAAAUCAAAGGGCUACGAUUUUUCUUCAGAUGUCAUCUUCCAAUUCGAUUAUUUGUCAUGCCAAAAAAUGGGUCCCAACACGAGGCUAAAAA